UUCAGCUGUUUAGCAGAGCCAUGUGUUCAGCUCGUGGAUCUGCGAGCCGGUUACUUAGGAAAGAAGCAAAACUACUCCCUGGAUUUGUGGUGGUAAUACAAUAAUUCACAAUAACUACUUCUUCAGACAUGGAUGCUCUUCCAGCCCCACGCUGCAGUAAAAGAAAAGCAGAGGACAAAGCUGAAGACAAUGGGCCCAAAAGACCCAUGCCCUCCCCGGACAGUGGAGAGGUCAGACAGUAUGGCCUCACACCGCGUCCUCCUCGGAUCAGUGUGAACGAGGAGCACCUUCAGAGGCCCAUCAGCGAGGAGCAGCUGAUGGAGCUACUGCACUACUCUGCUCUGGGCAGGGCCACAGGGCACAGCAGGAGGCUCAGCUGGUGCAGCCUGCGCAGACAGAAGAGGCUGAAGGCGGUGUGUGUGGCUGUGGUGGACCAUGUGAAUCAGAGGGACUUCUAUGAACACUACCUGUCUCUGCCCCACCUGCGCACCAAAUACAGCACGAGAGUGACUUUGAGCUCCUCCUCCACAAACCUGGUGUCUGAGAUCUUCAGCUCAGAAGUCCACAUGGUCCACCCUCCUUCACCGAAGAAACAGGAGAGCCCUCACUCACAUAAAGGUCUGAGAAGUCACCCGGUCAUCUUCAAGUUUGGCACAGAGAGGAGGGGGCUGACCGCGUACCUCCUGAGUGAAGAAGAGAGGAAGAAGAGGCACUACCCCGUCAUAGGGUGUCCGGGCUGUGAGGACUUUGUGAGCACAGACUGUGACGCCGAGGUGACAGACAGCAGCCCCCUCUUCGGCCUCGACUGUGAGAUGUGCCUCACAGACCAGGGGAGCGAGCUGACCCGUGUCUCUCUGGUGGACAGUUCUGGAACCUGUGUCCUGGACGAACUGGUCAAACCCCGGAACAAGAUCCGCAACUACCUCACACAGUUCUCUGGGGUCACACAGCAGAUGUUGAAGCCAGUGGAGACCACCCUGAGUCAGGUCCAGAGCAGACUCAAGUCCCUCCUGCCCAGAGAUGCUGUGCUGGUGGGACACUCGCUGGAGAAUGACCUGCGGGCUCUCAAGAUGGUCCACCCUCAUGUUAUCGACACAUCGCUGCUCUACAGGAGACACUUGGGACAGAGGUUUAAGCUCAAGGUCCUGGCCGAGACUCUACUGCAGAAGCAGAUCCAGACUGAGGACAGGAGAGGUCACGACCCCUGUGAGGACGCCUCCGCUGCACUGGAGCUGGCACAGUACUUUAUCUCCAAAGGACCCCUCAAGAUAGUGGAGGAGCACCAGGAGGAGCUGUGGGGAGUCCCACUGUCAGAACCAGAGAGCACUCCCCCCACAGCCGCGGAACACACCAGCUCACGGUUUGCAGAGGUGCUGCAGGCCUGUGGACGCUCUGUGGCCUUCUUUGGCAGGCGCUGGGACAUCUGCCUGCACCUGUCCAAGCAGCUUUGGCUCAGUUCUGACAGACAGGUGCUGCAGGCUUUCAGAGACCAGCCCAAGUGUCCAGCCUUCUCUGUGCUCCAGUUCUUCUCUUCACAGACAGGGGGCGCUCAGGCUGUACUAAAGCCACAGGCCUGUCCUCCUCCUCUCAGGAACAUGUGUGUGGUGUUUGUUGGGCCCCUCCCUCCUCACUCAUCAGAAGAAGAUGUGAGGCGUGUGUUGUGCUGCUGCGGACCCCUGCGCUCUGUCAGGAUCAUUCGUACUGCUCUCAGGGUACAUGCAGAGGUGCACUUUGCUCUGCCUGAGGGGGCCCUGCUGGCUCUGUCCACUCUCAGCGGCCUCUCACUGCACGGACACUGUGUCAAGGUGCAGAGACCUGUCAGUGAGACCACCCUGGAUGUGGACGUGACUCUGGAGGCUCUUCAGUCUGACCCUGUCACCCAACGACUGCUCUAUGUGACCAGCAUCUGCCCGCACCUCACACCGCUCCUCCAGGCCUCUACACACACGAGCGGGCACACAGGGGAGGACGACCGCCGAGACGACCCCAGAGACAACCGCCAAGACAUCCACAGAGACUCAGACAGGAGCAGCCCAGUCCCGAUAAACGGGCAGAGGGGACUCAGAGAAGACGCUCUCCUGGACACAUUCGGUCGCUUUGGUCCAGUGAUCAGGAUAAUCACACCCCCACACACAGGAGGAGCCACACAUGCUUAUAUCGAGUUUGUGAGUGUGGACAGCAGACAGGCCGCCCUCAGCGCCUCCCAGGAACUCCUUCAACUCAACUACCUGCUGUGCCCCGCCCUCAUGCCCCUGCACCUGUCUGCACCUGUCAGCAGGGACACUGUGGACAGGGCAAGGGACAGGCCAGAGGACGCACAGGGGGACAUGGUGGACCAGGAGAGGACCAACGGUGCACUUACAUCUAUAGCGGAGGCUGAAUGGUUGAGGAAACUGGACCGGCGCCUGGGUAAACUGUUCCGGUGUCUGCCAGAGGGGGCGCUGUCUGUGGUGGUCCUGAGGGGGAACCAAAACGCACCAGGACUGUGCUUUGUGGAGAUCAAGAAAACCUCCUGAGAAGAUGGAACAGUAACAGCGUUGGAUCAUCUUGACUCACUUUUAGAAGACUCUGGGCUUGACGACGGGACCACGUGGGGCUUUUCUGAGUGGAGUUUGCAUGUUCUCUCUGUGGUUGCUCUGCCACGUCGAAGUUUACACACAACAAGAAGGUCCCAGGGAUUGUUGGGCACUUUGGUGUUGGACUGCUCCUGACAGGUUUAGAGACAUUGAGGGGUGGGUCAGAUGCAGAGGACACAUUUCAGGCAAGAUGGUUCAUUAAUUAAAGGUCCUGUAUUACCAUAUUUUUCGGACUAUAAGUCGCUCCGGAGUAGAAAGGAAAAGAAACUGAAACAGAAUCCAUUUAAUGUUGAAAGUCAAGUUGUAGUAAAAACAAUAGAAGAGAGAAGAACAGACUGUUAACGUCACAUAUGAACAGUUCUUCAGAUAAACUAUAACAUAAACAACAGAACAGAACAAGUUUAACAAACUCUCCAUCUCACUCCAAAUCACUAAAUCCAUUCAAUUCUUCAUCCUCGGUGUCACUUCUGAACAACUCGGCCUCGACCUCCGGAGGUAAACAGAGCGCCGCAAACUCUUCUGUGUCGCUGUCGUCAGACUCAGCAUCAGUUCCAGUUAGAAUUAUUCGGGUCUUUCUGAAUCCCGACAGGAUGGUUUCAGUGUCACUGAAGUCCAGACUUUGUCCAUCCAUCCAGUGACUUCAGGAAAGUUUCAUGGUGCAUCCUCCUGGUGUCACAAGUUUCUCUCUCACUCCAAACUUUCUUUCUGCUGCUCGAUUAUCGUUUUCAGCUGCAGAUUUCACGACUUGCAGUUUGUAAUCUGCAAAAUCUGAUUUAGUUUUUGGGGGCAUUUGUGUUCAGUCUUGUCAGUGUCUUUAUAAGUUUGUUUAAAUGUUAAAUAGUUCAGUGGUGCAGAAGUAACUGACAUGAUACAGACAGAACAGAGGCUCUUUCUGCAGGAGACAUGUGCAGUAGAGCCAAGUGACGGCUGUCAUUGUGAGAAUUUUAAUAUAGAAGUCGCACCAGAGUGUAAGUCACAGGAAACACCCAAACUAUGAAAAAAAAGUUAAAGUCUGAAAAAUAUGGUACAUAAAAUUGACUCUUGUGGGCUUUAAGCCAUGUUAUAAUGUUGUUACUUCAUCAGAAACAGACCUGGAGUUAUGUUUUCUUUCUGUCACACGUUUGAGUAACUCUUAUUAUUAUAUUAGUCUGUCUACAUCUCCAAAGCUCAAAAUGUUCUGUUCUACCGUGAUGUCAUGAAGCUGUAGUUUUUUAUAUACAUACAACCCACAGUGUUCCUGUGGGUUAACUUUUGGUGGUGGUGGUUGUUGGUCCUCAUGUCUGUUUUACCCAGGCUGGUGCCACUUAGUGCCUUCACUCAAUUUUCAUUUCUCUCCAGCGACUAGGUCAGGAAUCAAGAAUACGGUUCAGAGUAUAAACCGUGUGAAACCUGCUGAUGAAUCAGGCUAGUGGAGUUUAAUAAACAGGCCAAAAACUUGACUCUGUGUAUGAGAGAGAGAGAGAGAGAGAAAACAACUGUGCAAAAACUGUUUAUAUAUUAAACCUCAGAAAUAAAUGUGUGUUAUAUUUAUAUCAAUUAGUAUUUAGUUCACAACUUAGCCUUUCACUUUAAUGUAUCUACUGUACAAUACCACCUCCUUGGUUGGUGUGUGUGUGUGUGUUAUGUGUGUGUGUUGCUAUCAUAGACUCAAAAUCAACCUCCCUUCAGCUCCCUAUUUUUUGAUGCAGGGCCUAUCUAUGCUGGGGUGAAAGGGAUAAAUGUAUUACUCAUAAUUAUGAUUAUGAUUAUUAAAAAAUAAAGAAAUGCAGACUCAAGACUCAAGACUAAGUCAUUUAUAUUUGGAAUCUGUUUUAACCCCAGAGGAGUACGCUUCCACAUUUAAUUUGAGGAUAGCAAAAGUUAAAGGGUUAAACAUAAAACUUUCACCUUUAAUUCAGUAGAGACUGGUAGUUCCAGGUCUGAAAUCAUCCACUUGAUUCUAGUGAAGGUGUGUGGAGUUUAAAAACACAGUGGAGCAUUACCACAUGACAUCACAAGGUGGAACAGAGUGUUUUGAGUUUGAAGAACUGAGGCGUCUGAAUGAGGUGACUGUGAUGUAUGAGCCACUAAAUAACUGUAUUGAGCCCCACUGUUGGAUGGGAAUAUUGAAAAUAUCAUGAAAACACAAAAUUCCUGCUUUUUAAUCAUGACAGUAUUUAAAAUUUGCUUAAAACUUUUUUACCAAAUGAUGUAUUUCUGUAAGUCCAUUGUUCUGGGUCCAGUUUGAGUGGGUUGUAGUGAAGCAGAGUCACACACAGACGGCCCUCAGACUGGCUUUUGAUUCUCAUUUGGUUUGGGUCACUAGUACUGAUGUGGCCUCACUGCCUCCUCCUCAUCACCCAAACAUUCACGAGUCACAACCAAAAGUCAGAUCUUCCAAGCAUCAUGAAAACAGCUCUAGAAUGUGGCAUCAGUAUUAGUAUUACCAUUUUAAAUGAGCUUGGUCCUUACUUUGUGGCCACAAAGCCUGAUCCCGUCAGAUGUCUGAAGCUCAGCAGGGUCAGGCCCGGUCAGGACUUGGAUGGAGACACUGGGAAAAUCAGAAGCCACAGGGGGGCGCCAGUGGCAAAAACUGUCAUUGUGUCCUUAGGCAAGACACUUCACUCACAUUGCCUAGUAUGAAAGUGGUGAGUGAGUGAGUGAUGGUGGUGGUUAGAGGGACCGAUGGCGCCGAUGGGCAGCCGCACUUCUGUCAGUCUGUCCUGUGGCUACAACAGUACUCAGUGUUGGGAAGGUGAUUUUUCAAAUGUAUUCCCCAACAGAUUACAGACCCCAAAAUAUAGUUUGUAACGAAAUCCAUGAAAUUACUUAAAGUGAGUAAUGUAAUCUGAAUACUUUGGAUUACUUGAUUUGCUGUAGAGAAGAAAAGACGAGGAAAUCUUCACAUAAGAAGUUUUGUCUGAUAAAAGAAAAUAA